GCGUACAAUUCUAUCAGUACUUUCGUCAUUUCUCUCACUCCAAACACGCCCUCUCUCUCUCUCUCUCUCUCUCUCUCUCUCUCUCUCUCUCUCUCCAGCUAUCUUCUCCUCAUUUCUCUCUGACUUUCUCUCCUCCUAAUCUCACCGCCUCAUCCAACUAAUUAUAUGCUUCACUUGUAGCUAUCUAUACAUACGCCUGUACAUACACACACAUAUGGGAGAAGAAUUCAAGUUUUCCGACUACGACGCCGGAAAAGUCGACGACGACGAUCACGUCUCCGACUGGGAGAUCGGUUUACCCACCGCGGACGACUUGACGCCGUUAUCUCAGCCGUUGAUUCCACCGGAACUCGCCUCGGCGUUCAGCAUAUCGCCGGAGCCCUACCGGACGACGCUCGACGUCAAUCGCGCCUCGCAGAACACUUUAUCCGGUCUUCGUGGACAGUAUUCGAAGUAUUUUGAUACUUUUGAUACUGAAAAGUUUAGAGAAUUUGACGGAGAUGAGACGGAUGUGACGGAUUCUCGAAAAUCGAGGCGAAUUGAUGCGGAGGAAGCGGAUUCGAGGAAGAAGGCGAGACUUGUUUGGACUCCGCAAUUGCAUAAGAGGUUUGUGGACGUGGUCGCGCAUUUAGGGAUUAAGAAUGCGGUUCCGAAGACGAUUAUGCAGAUGAUGAAUGUGGAAGGAUUGACACGAGAGAAUGUAGCCAGUCAUUUGCAGAAGUAUAGGCUUUAUUUGAAGAGGAUGCACGGAUUGUCGAAUGAAGGUCCGUCUGCUUCGGAUCAUUUGUUUGCUUCCACUCCAGUGCCUCGGAGUUUAAAUGAGGGGAAUGUGAGUGGAAAUGGUAAUGUGAUUGGUAAUGGCAAUGGACGUGUACCAGUGCAAGUUCCGAUGGCUUAUGGAGGAGCACCGAUGGUGCCUAUGCCGAUGUAUGGACAUAUGGGAAUGGGAAUGGGAAUGGGAAUGCCUCAGGCUGGGGGUUAUCCAGGAUUUGAGUAUAGUGGGAUGAUGCAAAAUAAGUUUGGUUCUGUUAAUUCGUAUCAACGAAUCACUCCGAGUGAUAAAUGAUCAUUUGGCAGUUGGAUUUGAAUCGAAGGGAGGUUAGAUUUUUGCUCUCUUGGAGCUUCAUUUGUUUUUUUUUUUUUUUUUUAAUGGAAAUCAGGUCUUUUGACUUCUAUAAUUGUGACGAUGGAUGAUAUAUAGUUUAUGUGAAUAAUUUUGAAUUGUUUGUUGUUCAGAUUAUUGUUUUGGAUUAUAUAUGUGUUUUCAUAGAUAAAUGCUGCAGUAGGCACUUUUUUUACCCCAUAAAAACUAAUUAUUAGAGUGAAUGAUUAAGUUUUCUGUUAACGAGAAAUUAUGUUGCAAGUGAGAAUAAAGUCCGAUGAUAUUUCAACAUGGCCUUGUUUAUUAUUGGGUUUGGAUAAAUAAUAUUUGUUUGAGUUGCAUUCCAGCUAGUCAGCAACAUCAUUGUACUUUAUGCUCCUUUAUGCAAAGGAGAUGCUGAUAAUUUCAAUGCUCUAUACUUUGUGGUCUCUUUAAGAAUAACAGAGUAAGCUGUAUUUAUUUACUUUGUGGUCUUAAUAGUAUAUGGAGAGCCGUGAUUUAAUCUUUCAAUCUUAUGUUUUCACGUGUUCUUGAUCAAUGAUGUGUAAUCUGGGGAUUGCUCAGUAGGGGUCAGAACCAGCUGGACUUUAGGCAUUGGUGAAACAACUGGUUGCUUCUUUCUGUUGUUUUGACAUGUUAUCCGGAUCUGUGCUGAUCUUGGCAAAGAAAAGAGUGUCAGACGAAGAGACUGAGUUAAGUAUUUCUUGAGUUGGUAAAGACGUAAAGUUGAGGGAUUCAUAUUGUUGUUUCAAUAUGUUAUUGAAAAAUAUAUAAGAUUCUAUAUGGCUCGCAUCAGUGUCAGGUAAGGAAAAUUGUUGGGUGAAUAUGUUGAUAAAACCAGGUUAAGUAUGUGUGUUAUAUAUAAGAUCUCAUGUGCCUUGCAACACUGCCAGUAAGAGUAUCUUAAUUAUUACCUCGUUUCUAAUA